AUGCCCGCGUCAACGGAUGUGCCGCCAUCUUUGGCGAUCCGCAUCAGUCCGCUCCCGCCCUUCAAGCCUGAUCUCUACGAACGCGCAUGGUGCUCGGUGCCGCACCCGACGCUGCCUCUAAUUGCGACCGCCCACUCUAAAUCGGUCACAAUCUACUCGCUAUCCUCGCUGUCCUCGCACAGCAGCCUCUCCGGCGGCCACACACGCUCCGUUCGUUCAGUUGCCUGGAAGCCCAAUCUCCCACCUCAACAGCUCUGCCUAGUCACCGGCAGCUUCGAUUCUACUGCUGGCCUGUGGCGAUGGGAUGGCGAGCUACCUUUUUCCGGCCACGACACUGCCAGCGAUUCCCUCGAGAUCGACCUUAAUUCGUCGCAGCGAGCCAACAGCAAUGGAAACAGCGACGAUGAUGGGGACAAGGACUGGGAGUUCACCCUGGUGCUGGAAGGUCAUGAUUCGGAGAUCAAGGGGGUCUCAUUUGCGCCUUCAGGCGCCUACCUCGCCACGUGUAGCAGAGACCAGACUGUGUGGAUAUGGGAAGAUGUGGGCGCUUCCGAAGGGGAUGACGAGUGGGAGACGGUUGCCGUGCUCAACGAACAUAACGGAGAUAUGAAGGGCAUCGCAUGGUGUCCCGAUGUGCCCGGGAGAAACUCGCGUAGAAGGUACAGCGCUGAUGUUCUUGCGAGCGCGAGUUACGACAACACGGUCCGGAUAUGGCGCGAAGAUGGCGAUGGAGAAUGGGUUUGUGUGGCGGUACUGGAGGGCCAUGACGGCACCAUUUGGGGUGUGCAGUGGGAACAGAAGCCGCGUGCGGACAAUGGAUUCCCGAGGCUGAUGACCUAUUCGGCGGACCAGACCAUACGGUUAUGGAGUCUACAAGAGGAGGACGAGGAGGACGGGGCGAGUGUAGGUUCGGGUUUCCGUCCAGGACUUGGGGGCAUUCCCAACACCAUGCGAAGGUCGCUUCGCGAGGAGUGGGGUUGCGACGCCAUCCUUCCAAAGGCGCAUACGAGGGACAUCUACUCGGUGACCUGGAGUGCCGAUACAGGAUUGAUGGCCAGCACUGGCAGUGACGGUGUCAUUGCCGUGUACCGGGAGUAUGAUGAUACAAGGGUCGGAAUGGGAAACGACGACGAAGAAGCACCUGAGAAAGCCAGCGAGCGACCGGGUCAAUCAGGGAGGUGGAGGGUGGAAGCGACGGUACCGAACGCUCACGGUCCAUACGAGAUCAACCAUAUUACCUGGUGCAAGAGGUACGACGCAGGAUCAGAGAGAAAAGGGACGGAGGAGAUGCUUGUCACAACUGGUGAUGAGGGCAUGGUGCGUCCCUGGCAGGUCAUUUGCUCGGAAAUGAAGUCCAUCUGA